AUGCCCAUCUUCGAGAGGGCUCAGAACCUCGUCAUCAAUGGCGGAACGUUCAACGACUUUUCGUCUUCGAAUGGAAUAGAGCCGCUCGCAUACCUCGAGCAUUACGCAGCAUCCGGCGCGACCUACGACUCUGCGGAGAGAUACCCUCCUCCGAGAUGCCAUGAGUCCACUAGGGUGCGCAUCCUGGAGAUUCUCAAGGGCUGGGUCAGUCAACCCAGGGAGGAGAGGGAAAAGAGCUUGUUCUGGCUUUAUGCCCCCGUCGCAAUGGGGAAAUCCACAAUCGCUCAAACGCUGGCAGAGGAAUGUGAAGUGAUGGACAACUUGGGCGCUUCAUUCUUCUUCUCCAGGUUAGACGCCAGGAGGAAUCGGGCUGAGCGUUUUGUGGCGUCUCUCGCUCUCCAACUCGCCCUAUCGAUCCGUCAGUUGAAACCCCAUAUCGAGGCGGCUGUCAUCAAUAAUCCUACCAUCCUCAGCAAAUCACUUCCUGUCCAACUCCAGAAGCUUGUCAUUGAACCUUUCCAGAAGAUACCUCGCCCAGAAGAAGAUAAAACGGUCGUCAUCGAUGGGCUGGACGAGUGCGAAGGUGCAAAGCCCUUGAAGGAUAGAGAGAGGGAACAGCGGCUGGUCCUCGAGCUCAUCCAAAGACUCAAAGAGGCCGAUCUCCCCCUCAACAUCGCCAUAUUCUCCCGCCCUGAAUCAUGGAUCGAAGAAGCAUUUGACGAACUCGAAACACUUUCCGAGAACACUGAACGUUACGACCUCUUCAGCGCAGCCGAGAAGUACGCCGACGUCGAGCGGUACCUCCGCGACCACUUCCAACGAAUUAGGAAGGCGAGGAAGCAUCGUCAUGCUAUGUCGCAGAUCCAGGAUCCAUGGCCGCUCGAGGACGCAAUCCAAGAGCUUGUCCGUCGCUCCUCGGGCCAAUUUGGAUAUGUUGCCACCGUGAUCCGUUUCGUCGACGACCCGUACGGCAAUCCCCCGGAGCGCCUAAAGCUCCUCCUCCGAAAUUACCCAACGUCUCACGGCUUUUCAAACCCCAUGAAGGAGCUCGACGAUUUGUAUCUCCGCAUUCUAAAAUCAUGCCCAAACCGAGAAGAGAUGAUGCAAGCGUUAGGUUGGCUUAUGGUUAUCAACAUGUCCGCGUUAAGGCAUUCCAAGGAGGCCGGUGCAUUUGUCCCGCUGUACGACCAAGUUAUUGCUGGAAAAGCUGGGGCCAUGGCCAAAGCCUUGCGUGGACUCCAUGCAAUAGUCCAUAUACCCUCAUUUAUAACGGAGUCACAGGGAACUGACGAGAUCCCGUUGGACGCCGAUUCGCACACCCUAAUCCAGCAAUCAAACCCGUCUUCAGUUGUGUACCAUAACUCCUUCUUGGAGUUUUUGAGCAACCCGUCCAGAAGCGGCACUUUCCACUGCGACGAGGCUUACUGGGCCAUAUAUGCGGCUUCCCGGUGCCUGCAGUUUCUCUCUUCGAACGAGUUGGCAGACUUCUCGGAUGAUGUUUUGUCUCUCGCUGCUGCUUUCUGGCCUCGUGGAUUCUUUUACUUUUCCCGCCUACCAUUCGAGCGCACUCCUGAGAACAUCGAAGCUUGCCGCCUUUUCGCUACCCUGUUCCUUGCACGCGAUUUGUCAACCGACUUCACCUGUCCCGGCGAGGGUCGCACACUCUUCUUCCAUCGCUCGAUAAGCUUCUCGGCUUCCAUUUUCAUUGACCAGCCAUCGAUAGCGCUCGAGUGCCUCUCCCACUGGCACAAGGCAUAUUCCGAUCUCUUUGAUGAUUGCAUGGGCAGUCUGUCCUCAGAGGGUCGCCUCUACCUCGAGCGCCUAUUUGGUUCUCUUUAUGCCCUGACGCUGGAUCCGAGUAUCCCCCAUACCUUUGAAUGGCGUUGUAUCCUACGACAGGGCGGAUGGAAGGGCUCCAUACUUCAGUUCGAGAACAACGAUAUAAGUUCAGUCUUGGGCGAAGGGGCACUGGGAUUUUCUCGGCCUUUUGCUUGGGAAAACCUGAAAGACCCGGAAACGUCAAUGCCACGGAUACUCGAACUGUCCCCUGUGGCAGCUGUUUAUGGCCACCUUCCUCCCGAGUUCCACUCUUUCAUGUUUCCCAGAUUACACUCCAUUCACGUAUCACCAGCUGAAGUGUGUAACCGACUUUGGGAUCUAUUCGUUAGUGCUGCAACCCAUGACUGGGGAUCAGCCAACGGAGACGACAUUUUUUAUGGAGUAUGUCUACCACUCCUUGAUGGAAUAUUCGGCCAUUUGGUCCUUCUGGACUCCAUCGACGGGUUAUACUUCCUCGUCUCUCCGUCGAGCGCCUUACCCACCAUCAGAAGGGUCGGUGACAGGGAUAGGUUUUAUGUCGGCGAUUCCGCAGAUAAGGCCAUUAUCAAACUCAUAUUUGAUAAAAAGGUUGAGAUGGCUCUUGCCGUACUCAAUUUCUGCGAGGCUAUGGAGCGUCUCACCUUAGCGAACGGGACGCUCGAACUGGGUUGGUUUAUGGGUGCUCAUCAGCCAUUGUUUGACGAAUUCCGAAGCGACCCUUACGAUUUCAUUAGUCGUUUUUAG